CAAGAUAAACUAAUUUAUUGCCAUUUCCUCCAUCAUUUGUACAAAAUACGACUCCCUAUUCCCAAAUAUCAUCUCAUCUCUAUCCUUUGGUCUCUCUGUGAUUCUGUAAUCAAACAGCUUCUUUUAUGGCUACUAAUCGCUGGCUUAGGCCCGAGGUAUAUCCGCUGUUUGCUGCCGUUGGUGUUGCGAUCGGAAUCUGUGGACUUCAGUUGGUUCGUAAUAUGCGUAUCAACCCUGAAGUCAGGGUAAACAAGGAGAAAAGAGCUGCUGGCAUUCUGGAGAACUUUGAAGAGGGAGAAAAAUAUGCUGAACAUGCCGUUAGAAAGUUUGCUCGUAGUAGGUCGCCAGAAAUUUUCCCUAACCUCAAUAGGUUCUUCAGUGACCCUCAAGAGAAUUAAUCACCCUGUAACAGGGUUAGAAUAAAGUUAUCAAAUUUCACCCUUAUCAUGGUGAUUUGUAAUGUAAUGUGAUCAUGAUUCUAAUCAGCUGUGCUGGAUGCAUUGCAGUAUGUGUGUGUGAGAAAUAUGUUGAUGACUUCCCUGUGGCAGUUUGUAUUAAGACUGAUACGUUAUAUGUUCAAAUGGUUUUUCUGAAUGAAA